CCCAACCGUACUCGGUUCAGUUUCAGCUAGCCCCAUCCCAUGGCUCCACCGCUCCCUGCCCUCGUCCUCACCGUCGUCGUCGCCAUCCCACUCUCAGCCGCGGCAGUGGUAUUCCCCACGGAAGCCCUGCCGACGAAAUCGGGCUACCUCCUAAUCUCGCCAGCCAACGCCUCGCUCUUCUUCGCCUUCUACGAGGCCACCCAACCGCUAACCGCGCCGGCCUCCGCGCCGCUCCUCCUCUGGCUGCAGGGCGGGCCCGGCUGUUCCGGCCUCAUCGGCAACUUCUUCGAGCUCGGCCCCUACUUCGUCAGCCCCGACAGCGUCUCCCUCUCGCGCAACCCCUUCGCGUGGAACCGCCGCUUCGGGCUCCUCUUCAUCGACAGCCCGCUCGGCACUGGGUUCAGUGCCGCGCCGUCCCCCGCCGACAUCCCCACCAACCAGUCCGUCAUCGCCGCGCACAUCCUCGCCGCGCUGCAGUCGUUCCUCGCCCUCGAUCCCAGCUUCCGCGCGCGGCCGUUCUUCCUCACCGGCGAGAGCUACGCCGGCAAGUACGUCCCCGAGGCGGGGGCGCACAUCCUGGACGUGAACCCGACGCUGCCGGAGGCGCUCCGCGUCAACCUCCACGGCGUGGCCAUCGGCAACGGGCUCACGCACCCCGUCGCGCAGGUCGCCACGCACGCGGACGCGGCCUACUUCUCGGGGCUCAUCAACGCGCGGCAGAAGCGGGAGCUGGAGGCGCUGCAGGCGGAGGCGGUGGCGCUGACCCGCGCGGAACGGUGGCGCGAGGCGGCGGACGCGCGGGGCCGGGUGCUGUCGCGGCUGCAGAACAUGACCGGCCUGGCCACGCUGUACGACGCGGCAAAGCAGCGGCCGUACCGGACGGACCCCGUGGGCGCGUUCCUGAACCGGCCAGAGGCCAAGGCGGCGCUGGGCGCGCGCGGGGACGUGGCGUGGGAGGAAUGCAGCGACGCGGUGGGCGCGGCGAUGCACGCGGACGUGAUGAGGAGCGUGGUGCCGCAGGUGGAGUCGCUGCUGCGGCGCACGCGCGUGCUGCUGUACCAGGGCGUCCGCGACCUGAGGGACGGCGUCGUGUCCACGGAGGCGUGGCUCGGCGAGGUGCGCUGGGACGGGCUGCCCGCUUUCCUCGACGCCGACCGCGCCGUGUGGCGGACGCGCGACGGGGACCUCGCGGGCUACGUGCAGCGCUCCGGCGCGCUCUCGCACGUGGUGGUGUACGGGGCCGGGCACCUGGUGCCAGCGGACAACGGCCGCGCCGCGCAGGAGAUGAUCGAGGACUGGGUGCUGCAGUCGGGGCCGUUCGGGCGCCGCGGUUGCGUCGUGGCGGCGGCAUGAGGAGCGCCACCUGAUGCCUGCCCUUGCGAACGAGUUUGUCGCAGGCUCGCAGCUCACAACUGUGCACCGAUAAUGAUAUUUGUAUCACCGAGUAAUAAUGUUAAUUGCAAUAGAAAAUACACUUUCUUAUUUAAAAAAUAAACAU